AUGUUUAUGUUGUGGUCCGCUGUUUUAUUUCUUGGAUGCAUUUUGUUGGGAACAGACGGGUGGCCAGCCAAGGAAGGAUACAACUUUAAGCCCUAUCAGCCUCUAGUAAGAUUACGCCACAAGCAAGAAAAGAAUCAGGAAAGUUCAAGAAAUAAAGGUUAUAUGGGUCAAGAUGGCCACAUUGGAUCAUGUGAAAACAAGUACUGUGGUCUGGGUAGACACUGCGUUGUCAAUGGGGAGACUGGGCAAGCUGAGUGUGUGUGCAUGGAGCACUGCAAGCCACAUUACAAGCCCGUGUGUGGUUCUGAUGGUGAAUACUAUGAAAACCAUUGUGAAGUGCACAGGGCUGCCUGCCUGAAAAAGCAGAAGGUCACCAUUGUGCACAACGAAGACUGCUUCUUCAAAGGGGAUAAAUGUAAACCUACUGAAUACAACAAAGUGAAAAAUAUGUUACUGGAUCUACAAAACCGGAGAUAUGUUGCACAAUCGAAAGAUAAAAGCAUUGAUGAGAAAAUGUCUUUAAAGAAACUUCUCGUAGAUCACAUGUUUAAUUAUUUUGAUUCUGACAACAAUGGACUUGUGGACAGCAAUGAAUUAUCUCAGGUAAUAAAACGGGCUGAGCUUGGCAAGGAUCUAUCUGACUGCUCUCUGUUCGAUUUGCUGAAAUAUGAUGAUUAUAACAGUGACAAGCACCUAGCUCUGGAAGAAUUCUAUAGAGCUUUUCAGGUGGUUCAGCUGAGUCUGCCAGAAGAUCAAAAAAUAAGCACCACUGCAGCGACAGUAGGACAAAGUGCUGUCUUAAGCUGUGCGAUUCAGGGCACUCUGAGACCUCCCAUCAUCUGGAAGAGGAACAAUGUCAUUCUGAAUAACUUGGAUUUGGAAGAUAUCAAUGACUUUGGAGACGAUGGGUCCUUGUACAUUACUAAAGUUACCACAACUCAUAUGGGAAAUUAUACCUGCUAUGCUGAUGGCUAUGAUAAGCUCUAUCAAACUCAUUUUCUCCAAGUGAAUGUUCCACCAGUCAUUCGAGUCUACCCAGAGAGCCAGGCAAGGGAGCCGGGUGUGACAGCUAGCCUUCGGUGCCACGCUGAAGGUAUUCCCAACCCACAACUUGGCUGGCUGAAGAAUGGAAUUGAUAUCACUCCCAAGUUAUCCAAACAGCUAACUCUUCAAGCAAAUGGCAGUGAGGUUCACAUUAGCAAUGUGCGCUAUGAAGAUACAGGAGCAUAUACUUGUAUUGCAAAGAAUGAAGCAGGGGUAGAUGAAGACAUUUCUUCUCUUUUUGUGGAAGAUUCUGCUCGAAAGACCCUUGCAAACAUAUUGUGGAGAGAGCAAGGUCUCGGAAUUGGGAACAUGUUUUAUGUUUUUUAUGAAGAUGGAAUCAAAGUAAUACAACCAGUGGAAUGUGAAUUUCAAAGGCAUAUUAAACCCAGUGAAAAACUCCUUGGUUUUCAGGAUGAGGUCUGUCCCAAAGCUGAAGGAGAUCCUGUCCAGCGGUGUGUAUGGGCGACUGCUGUUAACGUAAAAGACAAGUUCAUUUACGUAACGCAGCCCACACUCGACAGAGUGCUUGUUGUUGAUGUACAGUCCCAGAAGGUUGUACAGGCAGUAAGUACUGAUCCUGUUCCAGUGAAACUACACUAUGAUAAAUCACAUGAUCAAGUCUGGGUGCUGAGCUGGGGAAACAUGGAAAAGAAUUCACCAACUUUGCAGGUGAUAACACAAGCCAGUGGGAGCGUUUCUCAUCACACGAUCCAUACUCAGCCUGUGGGAAAGCAGUUUGACAAAGUGGAUGACUUCUUCAUUCCUACUACCACCCUCAUCAUUACCCAUAUAAGAUUUGGAUUUAUUCUUCAUAAGGAUGAACCUGUGCUCCAGAAAAUUGAUCUUGAAACUAUGUCGUACAUCAAGACAAUUAAUUUAAAGGAUUAUAAUUGCAUUCCUCAGUCACUGGCUUAUACACAUCUUGGAGGCUAUUUUUUCAUCUGCUGUAAGCCUGACACCACUGGGGCUGUUCUACCACAACUUAUACUGGACAGUGUUACUGAUUCUGUGAUUGGAUAUAAUGGUGAUGUGACCGGCACACCACACAUCUCUCCAGAUGGACACUACCUUGUCAGCGUUGAUGAUGCAAAAGGUCUUAUGAGGAUCCAGUCCAUUACAAUGAGAGGAGAAAUACAGGAUGCAUUUGACAUUCACACUAAUUUGCACAUAUCUGAUGUAGCUUUUCAGCCAUCAUUCACUGAAGCCCAUCAAUACAAUGUCUACUGUAGCUCCAGUACGCAGACUGAUGUUCUCUUUAUAGAGCUCUCCUCUGGCAAGGUUAAGAUGGUGAAGAGUCUCAAAGAGCCUAUCAAGGCAGAUGAAUGGCCUUGGAACAGUAAGAACCGUCUUAUAAAAGACAGUGGCCUUUUUGGUCAGUAUCUCAUGACCCCUUCCAAGGAAUCUCUGUUUAUCCUGGAUGGACGGCUCAAUAAGUUAAAUUGUGAAAUCACUGAAGUUAAGAGAGGCAACACAGUCGUUUGGGUUGGGGAAGCAUAAAGAUCCAUGUUAGAUAUUUACUGAAUUACGUUGCACUUAAAUUACACCAUUCUUAAAAUUUACACAAUUUCCAUUUUAAAU